AUGUGGGACUCGCUGACUCUUUCUCAGACUGAAUUCGCCGUCGACAUGACGUGCCAGAGCUGUGUCACUGCCGUCUCGACCGCCCUUAAAGAUUUGCCUGGGAUCGAUCGCUAUGAUAUUGAUCUCGCGGGUAAACGGGUGACGAUCACCGGGAGGACACCACCAUCACAACUUUUCGCCGCACUCAAAUCGACUGAGCGUCAAGUCAUAGCCCGCGGCUCGUCAGCCGCCUCGUCAUCUUUCGCCACUCAAGCGGCGGUUUCUAUCUUGGAAUCCCCACUCCCGCUCCCCACCUCUAUAGCCUCGACCUCUAACCUGACUCUCGCCACACCCGCUUCUGAACCGUCUUCCCGUCCGUUGCCCGGAAUGAACGAGGAAGAGUUCUCCCAAAAAGUCUUUGGGAUCUGUCGAUUCGUGCAGAUUGCACCCAAGACUAUUCUUAUGGAUUUGACCGUCAGGUUACCCCCGCCCGCGAAUGUCGGUCUGAAAGCUUCUCACUCAUGGGAUGUCUACAUUUCAAAAACGGGCAAUCUCGUUGAUCCGCCGGAAUCGACAGGUCCAGCCUUUAGACCAUUGGGCAAGAUUGUUCCAGAUGGUCAAGGAUAUGGUGACUUAUUCACUGAGAUCGAGGGAGAAGUGUGGGAAUGGAUCGGUCGAGGGUGCGUCGUCGAAGCUGGCGGGUCCAGUCACGACAAUUCAAGAGGCAGAAUAUUCGCCGGUGUUGUAGCUCGUAGUGCCGGCGCGUGGGGUAAUGACAAAACAGUCUGUGCCUGUAGUGGGCGGACAAUGUGGGAGGAAGGAAGAGAUAUGGAGAAGAAGGUCGGCGGCCUACUGGACCGAGCGAAGGUAGCAGCGUAGCUUUAUGCAUGAUGUGCU